ACGUGGUGCGGGAAUCGUUGUUUUAAUCAAGACAUAUCGCAGUGGAAUUUAUGGGUACCGUCAACCCAUAUUCAUCUAAUACGGCAUCUUUUAGCUGCUGGUUGCUUCUGUGAACAAGCUAAAAGAUCAGACGACGUGCUAAGGGGUGGGUUUUUGGUACCUCGUCUAAGGAAAGUGCGCAACGUGAAGAGCUUACGCAAUACCUUCAUGCGGACCUGUAUAUU